AUGACGACACAAAGUUUAUGGGAACGAAUUAAAGAGGCUUGGCAGGGGGAAGCCUAUGUGUUGAACUAUGGAAUACGUAAGUAUCAGUUUCAAGAUAUCAAGGAACUAGUCUUGAACCCCAGGGUAGACAAGUUACUAGUAGACGUCAGGGAGCCACAAGAAUACUCCUCUGUUCACAUUCCAGGCGCCCGCAACAUUCCGUACAGAUCGCAGCCUCGUGCUUGGGAAUUGGAUGAGGCUUCAUUCAGAAGACAAUAUGGCUUUAAAAAGCCUCCUCUUCAAGGUGUCGAGUUGAUUUUCUACUGUCAGGCCGGGUCAAGAGCACUCGAGGCUGCCGACCGUGCUGAAGCAGCAGGCUACAGAAACAUUGCAACCUACCCCGGCUCAACAAAUGAUUGGCUAGCCAAUGAAGGGUACAAGCUCUAA